CGGAUUCAGAUCAUAUGAAUUUCGUCCAACGUCACGUGUGAUUAUUUAUAUACGUUGGAUAAUUAUUAUAAAUAUUAUUAAAUAAUGGCAAAUUUUUUAUAUUUAAAAUCAUUUAUGUUAGUGUUAGUGAAGUGCUUAAAAAACGAUAUGUGAAUCCUCAUAAUCAGUAUAAAAUAUUGUUGUAAUAUUUACUUUUCGGCAGAGUUCAAGUUUGUAUAUUUAAGCCAUAAUGAAUGAGGAACAGGCUCAGGCUGAAAGAGAGGAGCAGUGUCUUCUGCAAUUGUCCCAGGCUAAUACAACAAUUGACGGACCAUAUUGUCAUGGGACAUUUGACGGUUGGCUGUGUUGGCCAGAUACACCUGCUGGUUCAAGUGCAAUGGCACCGUGUCCUGAUUUUAUCACUGGAUUUGAUAAUACACGAAUGGCUUACAAGACUUGUGACGAAGACGCGACGUGGUUCAAACACCCCCUGAGCAACCACACCUGGUCUAAUUAUACAACAUGUGUCAACUUGGACGACUUAGAGUGGCGCCAGAGCGUAAACCUAACAUACGAAACGGGCUAUUCCAUAUCGUUGAUAGCGCUCAUCAUAUCCUUAGCCCUGCUCUCGUAUUUCAGAUCGCUGCGCUGCGCCAGAAUCACGAUGCACAUGAAUUUAUUCGCCUCUUUCGGCUUGAAUAACGCCCUUUGGCUACUCUGGUACAGAACCGUCGUCGCAGAUCCUCAGGUUAUCAUCGACAACGGGAUUGGCUGUCGAGUUUUGCACGUGAUCCUCCACUACUUCCUCCUGACGAACUAUUCCUGGAUGGCUAUGGAAGGCCUGUAUCUCCAUACCGUCCUGGUGUCGGCGUUCGCCAGCGAGCGUAAAUUAUUACACUAUCUGAUACCCUUGGGCUGGACGGCUCCUGGGAUUGUCAUAACAUUGUAUGCGGCACUUAGAUCACAAUCUCCGCCGGACACGGAACAGUGCUGGAUGAACGAAAGUUGGUACUCAACAGUUUUGGUGGUUCCAGUGUGCUUAUAUAUGGUGCUGAAUUUGGUGUUGCUGUGCAACAUCGUUAGAGUUUUAUUAGUUAAAUUGCGGGCAGGGCCUCAUCAUGGAGGAAGUUCAGGACCCUCCAGUACGGCUCUGCAGGCUUUCAGGGCUACACUAUUAUUAGUACCACUUUUGGGGUUGCAUUAUUUAUUGACCCCAUUUCGACCUCCACCUGGUCAUUCCUGGGAACGCGUCUAUGAGAUGACGUCUGCUAUUACAGCUUCUUUUCAGGGUCUUUGUGUAGCAACACUGUUUUGCUUCUGCAAUGGAGAGGUGAUGGCGCAGUUAAAACGACGAUGGAAUACUUUGAUGUUCCGGCCUCGUGCCAACUCAUGUUCCGCUACAACAGUUUCGGUGAAUAAAAAUUCAAAGAGCUUCAUCCGGGCAACGUCGCACACAAUUCCGGGCGAGCAGAAGGUGUGACUAAACAAUAAAUGGCGACAGCGGAAACACGAGGAAGUCGAACAAACUGACAAACGUGCAAGG